AUGUAACGCUAUUAUCUCUGAAAUUGGUGCACUGUUAAUGUAUUUUAUGAGGCUUGUACAGCUACCUUAAUCCUUUUGAAGCGUUAAGGGUAAACAAAUAACACGUCGUUGAAGAUGAACGUUUUCAACCCCGUAGAUUAGCAUUCCAUUUUUGAUAUGUUUUUAGCACUGUCCGACACAAAUCGGUUUAAGAAAGCAAUGCGCAUUGGAGUUCCCGGUGCAGAGACAUUCCAGAGUGGAUCCUUAAAAGCUCUGAUCUUGACGGUGCUCCUGAGUGUGUUUAUGUUCCAGCUGCUGAGGACUGUUGGAUUGCGAGCGUUCUCUAUGGCAUCUGAGACGUACAUGUCAGGAACUCACUCUGCAGCUUUUGUCACCUGUCCAAAUGACACUGUUGCUAAAGAUUUGGCUAGGGGCAUUGUGGAAAGGAAACUGGCUGCUUGUGUGAACAUUGUCCCAGCAAUUAAAUCAGUAUAUGAGUGGCAGGGUAAGAUCGAAGAGGAUAACGAAGUGCUUCUGAUGAUCAAAACAAGAAGUUCCAAAGUGCCUGCCCUUGCUGAAUAUGUCCGCUCUAACCAUCCCUACGAGGUAGCCGAGGUCAUCAGUCUGCCUAUUGACCAGGGCAACCCACCUUACCUGAAGUGGAUAGGAGAUGUUGUACCGGAGUAGGGAUAGAUGGAUGGAUAAAAAAAGGAAUGCGAAAUAGCUUACAGAAAACAUAGCUAAAAAUCAUCAUCGGGAAAAUAAAAAUCAAGGAAAAGAAAAUAUAAAUUUGGUUUGUUGCAGCCAUGCUUUAAGAUGCUAUCCUUCAAAAAUGCUUUUAUUCAAAUGUGUUUACCACUAGAGGGCAGCAUCUGUAUGUUCCGAAAUUAAACGGGUGUUGUUGCUUUGACCUGUUUGAAACGAUGAGCCAGGUACAUUUCUUGCUAUCUGCUUAGGCUGCAUUGUGUGAAAUACAUUUUUUCUAAAGUA